AAUGUUAUAAAUUUACGUGUGAAUAAAGGCAACUGAUAAAUAAAUAUAAUAAUUCAGUAACUGUUAUUAUAAAUCGAUCUACCUAUUUAAAAACCUUUUUCAAUUUAGUUGUUCGUUACUAGUGUUAGUCCCUGACCCUGAGUGACAUGAAGAAAUCACAUAAUAUAAAUUUAGGCAUUGAAUAAAAAAUUUAUUCAAUGGGUACAUUAUCAAUAUUGUAUAACAAACAGCGUGAACUUUGUAGUCAAUGCUCGUCAGGUACAAUGUACCGUAGUUCAACUGUGUUUAAUAAAUCACUGUUUAAACAAAUUCUAACAAAUUUGAGAAAUGUAUACAAAUCCUCAAACAACGGUCAGGAACAGCAAAUUAAAAUUGCUGGCCAGACUAUAAAUUAUUUAAAAAAAGGCAAUGGGCCACAAACCAUUUUAUGCUUUCCUGGUGCGUUCGGAACGAUUUGGACCGACUUUACACCACAAAUUGAAGAGCUGGAUACCAAGAAAUUCACAGUCGUAGUUUGGGAUCCACCGGGAUAUGGCAAAAGUCGACCACCUCAAAGAACUUUUACUAAUGAUUUUUACAUUAAAGAUGCAGACAUGGCUGCUAAACUCAUGAAGGAACUACAUAUAGAUAAAUAUUCUUUAUUGGGCUGGAGUGAUGGUGGGAACUCCAGUAUGAUUUUAUCAUCGAUGUAUCCAAACUGUGUCGACAAUUUAGUCAUUUGGGGAUCGAAUUCUAAAAUAUUGCCAGAUGAUAUUACAGCGUGUGAAAAAAUUCGAGAUAUAAAUUCCUGGUCUGAGAAAAUGAAACGACCGUUUAUAAAGAUGUAUGGAGACGAGUUUCAAACUUUAAUUAAUAAUUGGUUGGAUGCACUACACAAUAUAGCUAAAGAAGGUGGCAAUAUUUGUCACGAUAUGCUCCCAUCUAUUAAAUGUCCUACAUUAAUUCUUCACGGGAAUAAGGAUGCGAUGAUUGCUGAAGAACAUCCAGAUAUACUCUUAAAGAACAUAAAAAACUCAAAAAUUCAUCGAUUUCCAGAAGGAAAACACAACAUCCACCUGAGGUAUUCGCAGGAGUUCAAUGCUGUGGUGUCACGAUUUAUCGAAGAACACAAAUAAAGCAAACUGUAAUUAUCUGUUACUAUAUUGAUGCAAGAAUUAAUGUGUUUAAUGAGUUAAGAUAAAUAAAAAAUGGAACAUUA